AUGAAAGCCCAUUACAUCGAAUUUGGGCUUUAUGUUAAUUUUUCUAUUAAAACAUAUUGGGCUUUUAGUAAAUUUUACGUCGACGUUGGGGAUAGUAUUGCUCUUGUGACCAAACACUUGGAAACUCGAACAAGCAGUUUAUGCCCCAAUCUUCUUCCCGCGUCUUUCACACACUUCAAUCUCUCCGCCGGCGAAAUCAUUGCUUCUUCCCUCAGGCCUCAGUCAAUUCAGAUGCCUUUUCCACGUCUCCUCGCCGGGUUUUAACCUCAUUAGAUUCGUCAAUCACUCAAUUUUGUCUUCUUCUUCUUCAUUGGAUAUUGAAGCUGGGAAGAAGCUUAGAUUGUUGUUUUGAGCUCUGAAGAAGUGAAAUUAUGAGCAGCAGCUCUAGAGAGGGAUCUCCAGAUUGGCUUCGCUCUUACGAGGCACCCAUGACUACUUCAUUGUUGUCGCUAUCAUCUUCAGAUGAUGAUAGUCCUUAUAGGGAAUCUGAAGUCAUUUCGUCUCUUCCUUUGCCUGAUGAUGACGGUGACGACAUUGUGGUUCUUGAGACAGAAUCUGUGGAGUUACUGACUAGGAAGAAUUCCGAAACGAAGGUUGUGACGAAGCAAGUGAGUAUCGAGCAGGUGUUUUCUAGAAAGAAGAAAGCAGAUGCUAGUCUCAACCUUGAAGAUUCGUGUGCAGGGAAGGAGAAUGGAAACAACGUUGACUGUGAAAAACUCUCUAGCAAGCAUAAGGAUGCUCAAGGAGGAGCUGAUUCUGUAUGGCUUGUCUCAUCUGAUUCUGAGCCAUCCUCUCCUAUAAAGCAGGAAGUGACUGUGUCAACUGAAAAGGAUGCGGAUUUUGUUCUUGAAGCUACAGAGGAAGAACCAGCAGUUAAGACAGUUCGAAAGGAAAAAUCUCCAAAAACAAAGUCAAAAAGCAGUCGCAAGACACCCAAGGAAGGAAAUAGUGCACAGGAAAUUUUAAAAACUGAAGAUAAAGAUACAGAUACCACUAUAGCCGAGCAAGUAACACCGGAAAAAUCUCCAAAAACAAAGUCAAAAAGCAGUCGCAAGACACCCAAGGAAGAAAAUUGUGCACAAGAAAUUUUAAAAACUGAAGAUAAAGAUAAAGAUACAGAUACAGAUACCAUUAUAGCCGAGGAAGUAACAACGGAUCAGAAGAUCAAGCCUUCUUCUGGCUCAAGUUCAAGAUUGCCUUUGGUACUUUCUGAGAAGGUUAAUCGUACAAAGGUACUCGUUGAAUGUGAAGGUGACUCGAUAGAUUUGAGUGGAGACAUGGGGGCUGUUGGACGCGUGGUUGUUUCAGACACAACCGGGGACAUGUACUUGGACUUGAAAGGAACCAUAUAUAAAUCAACAAUCAUUCCAUCCAGAACAUUUUGCGUUGUUAACGUAGGUCAGACAGAGGCUAAGAUUGAAGCUAUUAUGAAUGACUUCAUACAGCUGAUACCACAAUCUAAUGUCUACGAGGCAGAAACAAUGGUGGAAGGCACUCUGGAAGGAUUUACGUUCGAAUCAGAUGAUGAAAGUAACAAAAACGCCAAGACUGCUGUAAAGCCAGCUGAUCAAAGUGUAGGCACAGAGGAAGAAACCAACACAAAAGCCAAACCCAAAGCCAAAGCAAAAGGCGAAACUGUUAUAGGAAAAAAGAGAGGAAGACCAUCUAAAGAGAAGCAGCCACCAGCAAAGAAGGCUAGAAAUUCUGCCCCUAAGAAGCCAAAAGCCAAGAAAUGAGUUAUGAUUUUGAUAUCUCCCACUCCUUAAACGCAACAUUUCAUUUAUUCAGUUGAGACGACAUUAUAUACAUGAAAUAGAGUUUUACAUGUCAAUUCAAACAAUUCAAGGUAAAUCUAAGGACAUUGAUUAUUGGAGU